AAAUUUGUUUUGUCAUUUCAUGUGACAUUUGAAAAACAUUUGUUUUGAUUUUCUAAACAAAACUUAGGUACCGAAAAUAUUAGAUUUAUUGAGAAAAUAACUCAAAAUGGUUGGAUAUAAUAUGGACGGGCCAGCGAGAGAUCGGGUAAUGAAGUUGAUGCAAGAAAAAGACCGCAUUGAAAGUGAAAUUCGGGACCAAACUGCAAUUUUGGAAACUAAUAACGUGGGAAUGCAGGAUGCUUUGGUAGACUGUGAUGGUUUUCCGCGUAACGAUAUCGAUGUAUAUAAAGUUAGACAUGCAAGACACAGAAUUAUCUGCUUGCAGAACGACCAUAAAGAAAUAAUGAAACAAAUAGAGAGAGGUCUUACGGAGGUUCACUCAAGUUUUGUAGGCUCAAGUGGGCAAGGAACAUCAAGAAGAAUAGUUCCUGUACAGAAUUAUACAAAUGGUCAUGCGUCUAUGAACGGUCACAGUGCUAUGAAUGGGAAUGAUGAUGUUGGACAAUGCUUUGCUAUUGUAGGGCCCGUUCAAGAAGGUUCUCCAGCUGAACUGGCUGGACUCUGCGAAAAUGACGAAAUUCUUCAAUUCGGUUCAAUAAACCACAACAAUUUCACAGAAAUCACACAAGUACAUCAAAUAGUGUCACAUUCAGUUGGACAAAGGAUCCAAGUGCGAGUGAAAAGGAAUGACCUAGUACAGUCUAUUACGGUUGUCCCGAGGCCCUGGGAACAACCUGGCUUGCUGGGUUGCCAGAUACGAAGAUUGUAGAUUAGUUUUUAUGUAUGGCAACUUUCAUGAAAUGAAUUUUGUUGAAUCUAUCUAAGUACUUAUUGGAAGUUUGAAGUAGUCUGGAAAACGAUUCUGUAGUUCUUUCAUAUGGUCAGAGCUUAAUUUUAAAAACACCCUGGCCUUUUAAAUUGUAUUCAGCAUUUCGUUAAUUCAUAUUGAAUAAAAUGUAUUUGCAAAAAAAUGUUCUCUUUUUUUCUGUAUAAAACUUUUUCAUUUCAUAAGUACAAAGUAUUGUAUUUACAUGUAUGGAAUUGUGCAAAUAAAUCGUUAAAAAUGUU